UCACCACCUGAAGAAAUAUGUGGAGGAAGGAAAAUUGCAAAAAUUAUCCCAAAUAAAAACAGUAAAGAAUUUCUAUGGAAUCACCAACGCAAAAAAUUGGAAUAUAAAAAUAGUUCAGAUUCGAGAAAUAUCAGUGUCAAUCUUAAAUGGACCAACCGGAAUGUACAGAAGAUAUAUCGAAUGCGGGCGGUGCCGUAGGAGCUACUACUGCUGCUGCGACUUUGCUUGACAAUAUGUCAAUAUUAAAUACCAGUGAACAGGUUGAAACGUCUACUCAUAGCGGUGAAAACGUUGCCGGCACUACGUCCGAAACCGCGACAAAUCCAAAUGUAGGUGCAGAUGUGCCCACAACCUUAAACGGAACAGCCGAGCAACCGUCCGCAACAACUUCAAGAACCGAACAUAUGCCAGUUACUGAGCCCCACUUGUCAGAAGCAGCACAGGAGCGCCUACUAGAAACAGAAAAUUCAAGAGUGCCUGCCGAGUUGAUCGCUUCGGUUGAUGCGUUAAUACAUGAUGAGUUGAACACAGAACCUUCAAGUGUACAUGUGCCAGACAACGAUAUAGUUCCUGAGUUGGAGCAGCCAGUGGCCGUGGCUGCCAAUAUGGAAGUCGAAACGAAUGAAUUGCAAAGGAAUGAAGGCAGCGAGGGGUAUCAACUGAGCGGAGCGCAGAAUAUGAUGGUGCAGGCACUUGUAAGCAGAGAUAAUGAAGUUGAUGAAGAAAGUGAUGAAGAAGAUAUACGAUUUGAUCCCUCACCGCUAAUUGAACCGCUGUUGGAGGACGACGAUAUGGUGGAACAAAGAGACGACGAUAUGGGUGAGCAAAGAGCCGACGAUGAUGAUGAUGAGCAGCAGAUGGCAGGCAAUGAUGGCGAGGAUAACUUGAUGCUAGAAGAUAUAUCGGACGAUGCUUCGUCGUCAUCAGAUGCUGUUUUCGAUAACGAUCUGAUGCGUGCUGCUUUCAGAGAAAUGCUAGUUCAAAAUAGACGCGGUGGUGAAAAUUUUAUGCAGCGCCUACGUAGCGCAUUCUUUACAAUGGAACACAACAGAGAACGUAGGCGUGUAGAGCCGGAAAACAACGAAGUAGAGGUAGAGGAACCAGAUCCCGAAAAUCCAGUCACCUUUGAUACAAAUUUACCAGCGGAACACUCGUAUUUGGGCGAAAAUAUGAACCGCGUGUCGGGUAUUCAUUACUUGGAAGUGGGCAAGCAGUACAACAUGAUGCUUUUUAUGCAUCAGCAUAUAUUAUUUCCCGGUGAAGUUUUGCCCUUCAUGAUCUCUGGGUCAAUUAUUGAAUCGGACAUGGAUACGCAAAAUGGAUUGGUUUUUGGCGUUUGUUUUCCCAUACUCUGCAACCGGGAGGAGGUGGGUGAUAACUUUUACGGCGUGACAUGCCAAAUAUACGAAAAGGGCACAGAUGAACGUGGCAAUACAUUGAUUAAAUCGCGUGCGCUGCAACGUUUUGUUACCAAAGGCAGUCAAGUAACUGGUCCAUUGUCAUUCAUUGCCGCGCACCCGCAACUUAAGGUUUAUGGAUAUGUUAAAAUUCUACCCGAAAUAUAUCUGCGCGAACCGCUGAAAUGCAUUAACAUGGGCUCAUUGAACCGGUUUCGCGAUAUUGAAUCCAUGUGCGACACAUACAAACGCUAUCAAGCGGCCACAACGGCUUGGCCUGCGCACGUCUAUGAUUAUUACAGCAUUACUACGAUUGUGGAAAAAGCGCGUUCUCAGCUGGCGCAGCACAAAAUCGACACGAUGCCCACAGAUCCAACACAGCUAUCAUUUUGGCUGGUACGCAACCUGCAUCUUUCCGAUAGCCUAAUGAAAACAAUUUUCUUGACCGAUUCGGUGAAUAUACGCAUGAAAAUUAUCUCAAACACAUUUACAGACCACUCGGUUUUCUCAUGCCGUUACUGUGGCAACCGCAUUGCAAAUUGCCAGCAACUUUUUGCCAUGUCCAAGCACGGAGUGCAAACUCAAUACUGCAAUUCUGCUGGUUAUAUACAUGAAACAAAUACCGUCUAUCAACUAUUGCCAGAUGCCAUAACCUAUAGCGGCCAACCAUCUUCAGAGUUCAGCUGGUUCCCUGGCUACGAAUGGCACAUUAUUGUUUGCAAGAUUUGCGCGCGACACAUUGGCUGGAAAUUUAAGGCACUCGAACCGAAUUUGGUACCGAAAUCGUUCUUCGGCAUUUCCAGUUCCAGUGUACGCAUCAGCUCACCAACACCGGGAAAUACCAUUACACGUGCAGCUGUUUAUCAAGGUCUCAUGCGAUUGGCACGACGAGAAAUGCAAUGAAUUUUGUGUGUGGUGAAACGUUUAUGUUAUUGUUGUUGCGGCCGUUGUUGUGAUAUGAGA